AUGGCGGUCAGCGUUGCUGCCCCUGAUGCCGGUCUCCUGGCAGUGGGGGACACGAUCCACCACGCUGAGUUCCAGCAGCGGGUUGAGCCAUUGCAGCAGGAGGAUGGGGAGUUCCAGGAGGCGUUUGACGCCGACGAGGUCUUCCACGUGGAUCUGCAGAAGCAGGAGACCGUCUGGCGCCUGCCCAAGUUCGGGAGCUUCGCCAGCUUCGAGGCGCAGGGAGCGCUGCAGAACAUGGCUGUAGACAAACAGAACAUGGAGAUCAUGAUGAAAAGGUCCAACCGCUCGCAGGCAACCAUCGUGCCACCCGAGGUGACGGUGUUCCCUGAGGACCCCGUGGAGCUGGGGGACCCCAACGUCCUGAUCUGCUACGUGGACAAGUUCUGGCCGUCCAUGAUCUCCAUCACGUGGCUGAGGAACGGGCAGGAGGUGAUGGAUGGCGUCUUCGAGACCGUUUUCUACCCGCGGGAGGACCACAGCUUCCGCAAGUUCUCCUACCUGCCCUUCAUCCCCACCCGGGGGGACUACUACGACUGCCGGGUGAAGCAUGAGGGGCUGUCCGGCGCCCUCCUGAAGCACUGGGAGCCUCAGGUGCCCCUCCCCGCCUCCGAGAGCACCGAGACCCUGGUGUGCGCCCUGGGCCUGGCCGUGGGCAUCGUCGGCAUCAUCGUGGGCACCAUCCUCAUCAUCAAGGCCAUGAAGAUGAACGGCACCCGCAACCAGCGGGGCCUCUUGUGA